AUGGCAGGUCAACUUAUCACGCUCGCUCUGUUCUCGUCUUGUGUCCUAGGGACGUCGCUUCCGGUCAAUCUUCAUCUGAAGCGCGUGGUCGACUCGGGCUUGGCCAACAUCCACGUCACCUACCAUGAGAAUGUUCAUUCCGAGGUUGUCUUCACUUAUGGUCCCUGCGAGGCCAGCACGCCAGGAGAAGCUCACCACCUCGUCGGCCGAGCAAAGCAUUGCGAUCAUGAUAGACUACUCUGGAAGAUUCCCGAGCUCACACCGACGGGGUUGUGCCUUUCGGCGUGGGACAACAAGCAGAGUCUAAUCGGCAGAAGUGCCCCGGUCUCAAUCGCUUCAAAUGCCAAAACGACCCGUCGCCGUCUCAGGAAAAGACAAAGCGACUUCACCAUUGCCAUGGAUAACUCGAGUGGCAUCGACGCCGAAGGACCGUGGUUCGACGGCGUGGCGCUGUUGAAGAACAAAGAGAUUAGUGCUGUCGACGUCCGCACUGCCAAGUCCAAAGAGAUCGCCAUUGUAGGUGGCGGCAUGGCCGGACUGAUGACAUGGUUGGCCCUCAACCAGUCAGGCAUGACCAACUUGUCCAUCAUCGAAGCCGGUCAACGUCUUGGUGGCCGCGUACACACAGCGUACUUUGGCGACCCGAGCGAGCGGCAAUACCAAGAGAUGGGCCCGAUGCGCUUCCCUUUGUCCAUCACAUCCUCCGAGACCAACGAGACACUUCAAAUUCAGGACCAUAGAAUCGUCUUUCAGCUGGCCGCCGAAGUGAAUAAACUGAAUCACAACAACACGAACUUCACCGUGGAUUUCAUCAAGUGGUAUCAAAAUAGCCCGAACGGCCUGUACUACGUCCGAGGGUCACGCUUGCCGGACGGUAAGAGUCCUACAGUCUCGCAGGUCAAAGCGAACGCGAGUCUUGCAGGUCCAUCAACCUCCCCGGACGAUCCGAGCCUGGACGCACUCAACACGCGUGUCAGUGACCUCUUGAACAACGAAGACUUUCUCGCUCAGAUGGCGAAGAACGUCUAUCUCGCACACAAGACCUUCCUGGACUCUGGACUCGGCGGCCUUGGUGGCGACGAUUGGUCCGAGUUCGGAUACGUUCACAACUAUCUCAAGUACAACCUCAACGACACCUUCGUGGCAUUGGAUGAACCGGGUGCGGAGAGCUUCUGGGACAACCUGUAUGAAAACAUGUACUUUUCCGCCACGGAUUGGCGGACCAUCGACGGCGGAUUGAGCCGUUUGCCCUCUGCUUUCCACCCACUGGUCGAUAGUCUGACGUAUAUGAACCGCAAAAUCCAACGCGUCGAGUACGACGAGUCGAUGGAGCGUGUAACGCUCCAGUGGAAGGACAAGCCACUGGACAAGGUCUGGCAGAACGCGUCGUACGAUAUGGCCGUCGUCACGGCGCCGUUGGCGUUGGUGCGCACGUGGCGUCUACCCGAAUUCAGCGAUCUGUUGCAGACGGCGAUCGACACGUACCCUUACGAACAGGUGUGCAAGGUUGCCUUGCAGUUCAAGACCCGGUUCUGGGAGCAUUUUGAGCAGCCAAUCUACGGGAGCUGUAGUACGACGACGGACAUUCCGGGAAUCGGAAGCAUCUGCUACCCGAGCUACGACAUCAACAGUACCGGAAUGGGUGUCAUGUUGGCGAGUUAUACGUCGAGCGACAGCGGCUUGCGGUGGGCGAGCACGCCGGAAGAUGUUCACGUGCAGUAUGUUGUUGACGCGAUGGCCGAAAUCCACGGCGACGUCGUGUACGAUGAGUAUACCGGCAACUAUAACCGGCGAUGCUGGGUGCUGGACCAGUACGAAACAAUCAGUUGGGCAAGCCCGACCGCGGGAAUGAGAAAGUCGUUCAUCCCAGAGUUCUUCAAGACGCAGAAAGGCGUGGUCAUGAGUGGCGAAGGGACAAGUUACACGAGCUCGUGGAUCGCCAGUGCACUGGAGAGUGGUGUGCGUGCUGCAACACAGGUUUUGCUGGAGCUUGGGCUCGUUGAUGAGGCAAAGGAUGUUGUCAACAAGUGGAUGGCGAGAUGGAUCGAUGUGUAGCCUAGGCUACUUGACAAGAGCGAUAAAACUCGACAAGGCACGCC